GUGUGCCGCGUAACACCUGAUUAUCUUUGAUCUGGAGUUCUUACUUCCAGGGUUGAGAGUUGGAUAUUAGUCUGCGCUAGACAAGCCUCCGAAUUUAAUCCUUCUCUCUCUACUCACAAAAAUCGCUUUUCUUUGGUUUAUCUAUCGCUUUUUGGAUUGUUUCUCUUACUCUUCUUUUGAUUUUCCCGGUAUAUCGGGGAUAAUUUGGGGAAAGUAGGAAAGAGUGCUUCCAAAUUUUACAUAGAUCUGGGAACUUCGGAUUUUCUCUUGGAGAUAAGUUAUGCAGAGGAGGUAUCCGGAGAGGACGAACUCCAUGAGGGAGAAAAGGAGCUUGGAGGGCGGAGAAGAUGAGCUGCCAGAGCGAAAGCGACCAGCUCUAGCUAGUGUCAUUGUAGAAGCCCUGAAGGUGGAUAGUUUACAAAAGCUCUGCUCAUCAUUGGAACCAAUUCUCCGUAGAGUGGUUAGUGAGGAAGUGGAACGUGCUUUGGCUAAGAUAGGUCCUGCUAGAGUUACUGGAAGGUCUUCUCCUAAAAGGAUUGAAGGUCCUGAUGGAAGAAACUUGCAACUGCACUUUAGGACUAGAUUGUCUCUUCCCUUAUUCACUGGAGGGAAAGUGGAAGGUGAACAGGGUGCAACAAUCCAUGUCGUUCUGGUUGAUGCCAACACAGGCCAAUUAGUAACGUCUGGUCAGGAAGCCUUGUCUAAAUUGGACAUUGUGGUACUUGAAGGUGAUUUUAACAAUGAAGAUGAUGAAGAUUGGACGGAGGAAGAAUUUGAAAGCCAUGUGGUUAAAGAGCGUGAAGGUAAGAGGCCUCUGUUGACUGGUGACUUGCAGGUUACCCUCAAGGAAGGUGUUGGAACACUAGGGGAUCUGACCUUCACUGAUAAUUCAAGUUGGAUUAGGAGCAGAAAGUUCAGACUUGGAUUAAAGGUGGCUUCAGGAUUUUGUGAAGGUGUACGUAUUCGUGAAGCCAAAACUGAAGCUUUUACAGUUAAAGAUCACCGAGGAGAACUGUAUAAAAAACAUUACCCACCUGCAUUAAAUGAUGAGGUGUGGAGAUUGGAGAAGAUUGGAAAGGAUGGUUCAUUUCACAAGCGGCUAAACAAAAAUCAAAUAUUCUCAGUUGAAGAUUUUCUCCGAAUGGUGGUUCGAGAUUCUCAAAAGCUACGGAGCAUCCUUGGAAGUGGUAUGUCAAAUAAGAUGUGGGAUGCUCUCCUGGAACAUGCUAAGACCUGUGUCCUGGGCGGGAAGCUGUAUAUUUAUUAUCCAGAGGAAACAAGAAAUGUUGGUGUUGUUUUUAACAAUAUCUAUGAGCUCAAUGGACUGAUUACAGGGGAACAAUACUUUUCUGCUGAUUCUCUGUCUGAUAGCCAGAAGGUUUAUGUAGAUACACUAGUGAACAAAGCAUAUGAAAAUUGGAAUCAAGUUGUAGAGUACGAUGGCAAGUCACUUUUGAGCUCUAAGCAGUCUAAGAAGUCGAAUGCAUCCCGAAAUGACCUUCAAGGCGGUCACCUUGAUCUUUCUAAUACUCUAGAUCAUGGGUCAAUCCCCCGCAUGCCAUUGUCAGUUCAGCCUCAGCAGCCUGUAAUGGAUUCAGGACUCUCGGUUGCAGGGUAUGAUGAUAAUGCCGCAAGAUAUUCAACCCAGCCUCAGUUUGUGAAUUCAACUUCUCGACCACAGUUUGACAACUCUCAAUAUACUUCUAAUGAGUUGAUUGGCAAUUCUAACCAAGUUCAUAUCUCAAGAAAUGACAGUAAUGCUUUUGGUUUGGCUCUUGCUCCUCCGCAAGCAUCAUCUUCAGGGUUCCAGAUGCUUGGUUCUUCUAUUCAGGAAACUAAUCUGAAUCCAUUUGAAUGGUCGAACAAUAGAGACAAGGGAGCUGACGACUUCUUUUCAGAGGACGAGAUUCGUAUGAGAAGUCAUGAACUGCUUGAAAAUGAAGAUAUGCAACAUUUGCUGCGAAUGUUUAGCAUGGGAGGGCAUGCAUCUGGUAACGUCAAUGAUGAGGGUUUUUCAUUCCCAUCAUUCAUGCCUUCACCAAUGCCAAAUUUCGACGAUCGCAGCCGUUCUGGAAAAGCUGUGGUGGGUUGGCUGAAGAUCAAAGCUGCAAUGAGGUGGGGCUUUUUCAUCAGGAAGAAAGCAGCUGAGAGACGCGCACAGCUUGUCGAGCUAGAUGAGGAAUAGAAGUCGGUUAGUCGGUGAUUUUCAGCCUGUUAUUUGAGCUUCCUCCUCAUUCACUGCAUCAUCAUUCUGUAGAUCUUGGAAUUCAUCACGUGACACAAUUCAUGCUCUUUAACACUCGCUGGAUCAACUCAAAAGGAUGUCUUUUGUAUCUGUAUAACAUAUUAACAGUGGAAGCUACUUUUGUACAGAUUCCUGUACAGUGACUCGUUUCUGUUUGCUAGUGACUUUAUUUAAGAUGUUUUCCUGUCACCAUUCUACCUUUGGUAGGCCAAGAAUAUGAAUGGGUUGGCCGGUGACAGGGUAAAUUUCUUAUUUCAUAUACCCUUUCUUAAUGUGGUUUGAUUGAUUAGGAUCAAGGAUUCCCAACACUUUUUUGUUGCUUUGAAAAGUUUCCCAUUACUGUACGAAAGAUGGUUCGGUGGCUAAUGAAUAAUCCUUGUUAUUUUUAGUU